AUGUUCAAUUACCUCGUCUUGAUUGCUCUCCUGCUGGUGGCUGGCGUUAAUACGCAGUUUUUCGGAGGAGGCCCCUUCGGAGGUUAUCGAGGUGGCUUUGGAGGCUUUGGAAAUCAAGGCUUCGGAGGUUUUGGAAAUCGAGGUUUUGGCGGAGGCUAUGGACGAGGCUUUGGUGGAGGCUUUGGAAGAGGAGGAUGUAAACUUUUUUCCUCAAAACUUUCCAUAACAGGAUAUUCAGACCUUUUUACUGGUCUUGGUAAAAAGUUUUUUUUCAACAAAAAGACGUGA